AUGCCGCGCUCCGCAGCAGACGCAACCCGCUUCACAGCCACAGGCCCCUACGCCUACGGCAAGCCCACCUCGCGCGCCUCGACCAUCGCCCUAAACUCCGCACCCGCACCGCUAAACGAGACGCCGCAGCAAAAGGUCCUCAGACUACGCGAUGCAGCGCGGAAAGCACGGGGAGGUCAGACGAGCACGUUUGAUCGGGUCGUGACGGUAGGCAGGUCGGUGGCGGACAGGGUGCACAGGUUUACGGCGAUGACGCUUAUUGGGUUUACCGGCGUAGCAAGCGUCGUGGCACUAUUCUCCCUCGGCGACAUGAUCAUCUACAACCGGCGCAAACGAAAGGAGUGGUUCAACGACAUGAGAGAAAAGGAGGCGCGGGAACUGGCUGCUGCACAAGAGGCCGCGGCGCUGGGCGCAGCAGAUGAGGAUCAGAUCUUGCUGAUCAAUCGGGUACGCGCGGCGCAAGAGGCGGAUGCGGCAAAAAAGAGCAGACCUGGCUUGUUUAAGAGGAUCACGGGUGUCUUUUACGGGGGACUGAGUCAGGAGGAGCAGCAGGGUGGGAAGCUAAAUACGUCGAUAGUGGAGCAGGCGCGGGAUGCGGUUAGUAACGCCGGUGAAGAGGUCAAAGAGGAGGGACUUGGGAUAAUGAGGGCUGUGGAAGAUAAGAGAAGGGAGGGAGAGAAAGCAAUAGAGGCGCAUGCACCGCAGGUCCGCGUCAAUGGCGGGCCGCUGGAUCAGCUCGGAGCGGAGGCCUCAGUCAAGUCGGAGGAAGCCAAGAAGAGCUGGACAAGUUGGAUGACUCGACGGUGA